AUGUCGAAUAAAGAAAUAAAAAGUCGUUAUCAUAUAUUACAUGUUGAAGUUCAACAUGGUUCGGAUCGAUUUGAUAUUCAUCUUCAUUUGGAACGACCACCUAUCGUAAGAGAUCUUAUGGAUGAAGUUGAAAAAAAAGCUCGAGUAACAGCUAUGAAUCAACAACUUAUAUUUCGAGGUCAACGUUUACAUCAAACUCCAGAUAAAGAAUUAGAAAAAUUUGGUAUAUUCAAUGGAAAUCAUGUAAUGUUAAUUGGAGAUAAAUUAUCGGGUCCAGAAGAUGAUCAUUUUCGACGUUUAUUAAGUAUUGAAAAAGAUGUUAAACUUAUUGAUGAUGUUCUUGAACUUCUUUGUCGUGAUUUUGAAAAUAUAAAACAAAGUCAACAAACACGAAAUCAAUGUGAUCAUAUUCUUAGUGAUUUACAAUCACGUACAGAACGUUGUCAAACAGAUUUGAAAACAUUUGCAUCGAUUGCAAAAAAUUUAAAUGUUGAUAGAUCGGAACAAGAUGCUUCGAGAAAAAAGAAGGAAGUUGUCGAGCUUAUUGAAGAUCGUAUUAAUAUUUCAACGAAUAUUAUUUCGGCAAUUUCAUCAUAUUAA